ACAAUGAAGUACGCUCUCAUCUACCUCGCCAUCACGGGCGCUGCCACUGCCCUUGUCAUACGGGGCGAUGAGUCUCAGUCUUGGGACAAUAAUCCCAGCAAGGGUGGUGCACCGGGCGAUGGCUCAGGCAAUGGCUGGCAGCCUCAGCCAGACAAACCCAAGCCUAUUCCUCCACCUCCUGCUCCUAGGCCGGCGAAUCCACCGCCGAAAUCCCAACCAGAGAAGCCGAAGCCUGUUCCUCCUCCUCCUGCUCCUAGGCCGGCGAAUCCACCGCCGAAAUCUCAACCAGAGAAGCCUAAGCCGAUUCCUCCUCCACCCGCUCCUAAGCCAGCACCCCCUCCACCAGGCCCUCCUGCUUCUCCCAAGGGCGGUGAAAGUGGUGACCACUCUGGCGGCGGAGGGUGGAAACGCAAUGACAAGUGGGGUGGAAAAGGCGGACAGGGCAGACCUAAUGGCAACAACGGUAAUGGGCUUGGUCGACCAAACGAUAACGGGCCAAAUGGUAACGGACCAUUCGAUAAUGGACACAGCGGCAAUGUACGAAACAACGGGCCGAACGACAACGGUCGCAAUGGAGGAUCUGUUGGAUGGAAGCGUAAUAGCAAGCACAAAGACAAGGAUAUGAAGAAGGGAAAGCAUGACAACGACAAUGAUGGGAAGAAGGGGAAGCAUGACAACGACAACGACAACGACAAAAACAAGGGAAAGCAUGGUAAUGACAACGACAGAAACAAUGGAAACAAAAACGGUGAAAACGAAUCUGGAAAGCCAUUCGGUGAUGGCCCCAAAUAUGGCGACCACAACUGAUGGCAUGAAGUUCGUCAACGCGGCUGAGUCCGACUGGGUAUCUGCCGCUUCCUGGUUUGGGACAAGGCCAUCGAGUUAUUUUGGACACUGGGCGACACUCCUUUAUUGCCUAUUUCACUUUAUUGUACAUAACAUGAAUACAACUGGCGUACAAUCACGAAUAAAAGAACAUCCACGGCAGUAUGGCUAUUAACCAAUCUCUGCAUUACGGCAAAUGGAGCUUUUCCACACGCGACCACUCUUCUUGAUUCUAGUCCAUUCCGUUUGAAAUUUGAACACACAAACCCUCCCACACUAUCCAAUGGUUCACAAGCGACCAGGAAUUUGAGAAAGUAGACUGCAUAUCAGCAUGAAACUGUGGAUAGAAUUGUAGGGGAUUUCCGGAGAAGCUUUUCCACCAAUCAAACCAAUAGCUAUUGCGUAUUUCCCCGAUAAAGAAUGAUACUGGAGCUUGUAACUUCUCUCAAAGUAAUCGGAUAGUGGUAUAAGAAACACGGGAAUAGCAGAGCCUUUCACUCCGCUAGAAAUCUGUUGACUUUUGCAUGCGUACAUGCCGC